ACCCCAGCCUCCAUCUCUCUCUCUCUUUCUUGUUCCUCUUCCUAACAGAGGGAGGAAAACAAUUCCAAUCUCUCUCUCUCUCUAUCUCCUCACGUACUGGUAUAGAUACAUACACGGAUCUGUACCUAUAUCCCGGUUAGGUUUCGAUUUUUGGGUGCGGCGGUGAGGUUUGAUUGCGCAGCGGAGAGGAUUGAGGUAUGCAGUCUGAUCAGACAGGGUUGAGCUUGAGACCAGGUGGCGGAAACCGAGGAGGAAGUAGAGUGCUCGGCCCUCGCUUUGAUACCUCGUUAUCAGCCAAUUGUGAUCUCCCGCUGCUUCGCCCCCAUGGCGGUUCUUCUGCUCUCUCUUCAUUCAAGACUGGAGAGUCCCGAUUUGAGGGCCAGGAGCGGAUUCGAUAUACUCGUGACCGGCUUCUUCAACUGAGAGAGGUAGUUAACAUCCCAGAGGAUAUUCUGAAAGCUAAACAGGAGGUUGAAGCUGAAUUCUUUGGUGAAGAUGCCAAUCGUGGUCGUGCAGAAAGCAAUCUGCAAACUCAAUCUCAGAGUCGUUAUUCUGAGCCAGAUAAUCGUGACUGGCGGAAUAGGUCAGCACAAUUUUCUGCCCCUGCAGAUGAAAGGUCAUGGGAUUCGAUGAAAGAGAACAAAGAAUUUGGUGGCAGGAUGGGUGAGCAACUCAACGCACAAUUUGGGAGAGUCCAGAUCUCUUCUAACCAAGCGGGAGGACCUACUCCUGCCCUUAUCAAAGCUGAGGUGCCAUGGUCUGCUAGAAGGGGAAAUCUUUCUGACAAGGAUCGUGUUUUGAAAACAGUGAAGGGCAUACUUAACAAGUUGACUCCAGAAAAAUUUGAUCUACUUAAAGGUCAGCUUAUUGAUGCUGGGAUAACAACUGCUGACAUUUUAAAGGGAGUUAUUGCUUUAAUAUUUGACAAGGCUGUACUGGAGCCCACCUUUUGCCCAAUGUAUGCCCAAUUGUGCUCUGAUCUGAAUGAGAAGCUGCCUCCAUUUCCAUCUGAUGAACCUGGUGGGAAAGAAAUCACGUUUAAGAGAGUGCUCCUGAAUAAUUGCCAGGAGGCAUUUGAAGGCUCUGACAAGUUGAGGGAAGAGGCCCGACAAAUGACUGCUCCUGAUCAGGAUUCAGAACGCAGAGAUAAAGAAAGGAUGAUUAAACUGCGCACUCUUGGGAACAUACGUCUUAUUGGGGAGCUCUUGAAACAAAAAAUGGUUCCUGAGAAGAUUGUUCAUCACAUUGUUCAGGAACUGUUAGGUCAAGACCCAAAAAGUUGUCCCGAAGAGGAAAAUGUUGAAGCUAUCUGCCACUUCUUCAACACCAUUGGUAAACAGCUUGAUCAGAACCAGAAGUCGAAACAUAUCAAUGAUAUGUACUUCAACCGAUUGAAAGAACUAUCCACUAACCCUCAACUUGCUCCACGACUUAGGUUCAUGGUUCGUGAUGUUCUUGACUUGCGGACAAAUAACUGGGUCCCACGACGUGAGGAGGUGAAAGCCAAAACUAUUACUGAGAUUCACUCUGAAGCAGAGAAGAAUUUGGGGUUGCGUCCUGGUGCUACUGCAAGUAUUAGGAAUCCACGUGGUGUUGCUCCAGGUCCUCAAGGGAGUAUGAGCCCUAUUGGCUUCCCUAAUCGUAUGAUGCCAGGGAUGCCAGGGGCAAGGAAGAUGCCUGGGAUGCCUGGAUUUGAUAAUGACAACUGGGAAUUCCCAAGGAAUCGGUCCAUGCCGAGAGGUGAUGGAUCAAUGAUGCAAUCUGCUGGCCGUGCUCAACCACCACUCAUUGGCAAGUCACCAUCAUCAAACCAAAUGCUUCUUCCUCAAGGUAGUGGUGGUCUUGUGAGUGGCAGGACUAGUGCUCUCUUAUCCGGUAGUGGUGCGUCUCCUGUUCGCCCAGUUAACUAUGGUCAACCACUUGAUUCUGCAUCCCAAAUUCCUGCUCCAGUAAGACAGCCUCCAGCUGCAUCUGUGCCACAAGCCACUGAAAAGCCACAGGCUACAGGAGCAAAACUUGGUCCUGAUGAACUCAAGAGGAAAACAGUUGCACUUCUAGAUGAAUACUUCAGUGUUCGGCUUUUGGAUGAAGCGUUACAGUGCGUUGAGGAACUAAAAUCUCCUGCUUACUAUACUGAGGUUGUAAAGCAAGCUAUUGCCCUUGGAUUGGACAAAAGCCCGCCCUGUGUCGAUCCUGUUGUAAAACUUCUCGAAUAUUUGUUUGAAAAGAAGAUCUUUGACUCAAAUGUUUUGGGAAGCGGUUGUCAGAAAUUUGCAUCUCUGUUGGAUGACCUAGCCAUGGAUUUGCCUAAAGCACCAACCAAUUUUGGCGACAUCAUUGGAAGACUUGUUCUGGCUGGUGGAAUUAACUUCAGCAUCGUGAAUGAGAUCCUGAAGAAUAUCGGUGACAACUUCUACUUAAAGGAUGUUUUUUCUGCUGUAAUGAGGGUUGUUAGCUCAAGUCCAUCUGGGAAUGCAAUUUUGGAUUCACAGGCAACCAACGUUGAGGCAUGCCGGGGUUUGCUCCAGUAAAGCCUCUACCCCAUCCCCUCGUAGACGGAAAACCUGAACUCACUCAUCAAUGAAAUUCCCAUAGGAGCAGCAGCAGAGCAACUCGACCACAUACAAUAUCAGCUGGAGCUGCAAAUCUCUGGCUUCAUAGUGAGUUGUAUAUUUCUCGAGGUGGUAGUUAUUGUGUUUGAUAAAGGGAGGAAGACAUUAAAAGAUUUUGGUCUCAACUGUGGUUAAUUUUAUAUCACGUCCCGAGGUAAAGGGUCCUUCUUGUGACCCGUUUGUUUUUAUAUUUCAUUAGUUUUUUUCCCCCUUCUUUCUUUUUCUCUAAAAAAUUUAUCUCUCCCUGACUAGUAAAAUUUCUAAGUUUUGCCGAACUUGUGAGCUCAUAAUGUGACUGUUCCCUCCAUUAUAGCAUUUUUGAUUGAGAUAUUCUUGUACUUGUGCUGGGAUAGCAAUGUUGUGUGGUUGUUAUACAUACUAUAUAGCACAGGAAUAAGAUUCUGCUUUGCGGUUAUA